GUCUCUAAAUAUUUUCACAGUGUAUCUAGACGGCGGCUGCAUCACGUCGUCUUGUGAUUCGCGGCAGCAAGUUUCAGUUUUUGAUUACAGAAUUCUUCGCUUGGACAGUAUAUAGUUGUCAAAUUUCAUCCCAACCGGUUAGUAGAUCAAAUUUGUUAAAGUUCUUCGGAGAGAAAUAUUUGCUAACGAUAGGAGCAGGAAUACAGUGACCGCGAAAUCCAUACAUCUCGUCAAAGUUCUUGCGUUGAAUAAGAAAAAGGAAAAGAUCGUCUUAUCUCACGCACACACACACACACAAAGGACAAACUUCAAGAAGCAUCGUGUAGUGAGAGAAACAAAUCGCAAAAAUAAAAAAAAUAAAAAGAACAAGCGGUAAAUCAGGACACUAACGCAUUCGAGAGGAUUCAGCAGGGAGGCGAAAACGUUCAUCCGGGGACGAGAGAUGCCAGAUUAUAGCGAUUUAGAUCGCCAGAUAGAACAACUGAAACGUUGUGAAAUAAUCAAAGAGAAUGAGGUGAAGGCAUUGUGUGCGAAAGCUCGUGAAAUUCUGGUUGAAGAGGGCAACGUGCAGCGGGUGGAUUCGCCGGUUACGGUUUGUGGUGAUAUACAUGGACAAUUUUAUGAUCUCAAAGAGCUGUUUAAAGUGGGUGGCGAUGUUCCCGAAACAAACUACCUGUUUAUGGGCGAUUUCGUCGACCGAGGCUACUACAGUGUGGAAACGUUCCUGUUGCUGUUGGCGCUGAAGGUCCGAUAUCCGGAUCGCAUAACGCUCAUCCGUGGGAAUCACGAAUCGCGUCAAAUCACCCAAGUGUACGGAUUCUACGACGAAUGCCUCCGAAAAUAUGGCUCGGUGACUGUGUGGCGCUACUGUACGGAAAUUUUCGACUAUCUCUCGUUAUCGGCGAUUAUCGAUGGAAAAAUUUUCUGCGUGCAUGGUGGCCUGUCGCCCUCGAUUCAGUAUUUGGAUCAGAUCCGUUCGAUAGAUCGCAAACAGGAGGUUCCUCACGAUGGACCUAUGUGUGAUCUGCUGUGGAGUGACCCAGAAGACACUCACGGAUGGGGUGUGUCGCCUCGUGGAGCAGGCUAUCUCUUCGGAUCGGAUGUGGUUUCUCAGUUUAAUGCAGCAAACGACAUUGAUAUGAUCUGCCGAGCGCAUCAACUUGUUAUGGAAGGGUACAAGUGGCACUUUAAUGAAACGGUUUUAACUGUAUGGUCAGCACCCAACUAUUGCUACAGAUGCGGAAACGUGGCUGCAAUUUUGGAGCUCAAUGAAAACUUGCAACGUGAUUUUACUAUAUUCGAAGCGGCACCCCAAGAAAGUCGCGGAAUACCGUCAAAGAAACCGCAGGCCGAUUACUUCUUAUAAAAGCAAAUGACGAACGCGCGCGCAGGUUAGCUAGUGUUUUGGUUCUUCAGUUAAAGGCUACUGUUUACUUAAUUGUAACACCAAUUCCAGCUCUAAAUGUCCCUUUUAAAGCCCUUCUGAUAUUGAUUGUGAUCAUGUUCUCGACAUGUCUGUCCUCGAUACUGUUCAGUUUUUUUUUCCUGUUCUAGAACAGUUUUGUAUUAAGGGUUAACUGAAAACUGAACAAAUUUACUUUCUACUAGUUUUAAUGUCAGCUAUUAUUAUUUUUCUUUUAAUCAUCUGUAGAAAAUGUUUUGAGAAUAAGUGAACUUGACUAUAAAAUAAAGCAUACAUCAUAUUUCCUGUGUUAAUGAACAAAGGCAUAAUCAAUCUUUACUACAAAUCAACAUAUAAUCAUUGUGUUUAAGAUAAAACAAAAAGUUCAUUUUCCCUGCCGGUUUUUUUCUCGUAACAAUUCACACUAACUUCAGAACAAAUUUUGUAAAAAGAAAAUAGUAAGAUUGGACAGAGGUCAAGUUAGACAACACACUUUACAACAACUGUAGACUGCCUAUCGAUAAAGUAAAUAAGAGUAAUGAAUGAGAAUAAACCGCGCGAAAUGAUGUAUCAAUAUAACUCGUAUGCAGAUCCCAUAACGACAACAGCAAGUAUUUAUAUAAUUGUAAGACUAAACACUAUAUUAGAACGCGAGGAGCCGAAACACUAUUGGUCCUCAGUUGAAAAUAUGGAAGAAUCGUUUCGUUUUAAAGUGUCUCAUUGAAAACAUUUUUUUCCGAUGUGCCUGUAGAACCACAUUUCACGGAUUCAUCGGAUAGCAGAGAAAGAAGAUACAAGACAACUACAACAGCAAAAUUGACCAGAAACAAGAGGUUCAUUGACUGCAACCACAAACAACACUACAUAGAAAACGAUAUAUAGUAGUAUAAUUGAGCAUAAUUUUCUACGAGCUAAGAUAAUCCGUAUGCUGCAAACAAAACGAAGCACACACCUACAGUUUAUGAAAGUAAUACAGAAAAUAAAUCUUAUAAAAUAAAA